AUGAGUAUGAUCAAUGACGAUGAUGACGGCCCGCCACAGCUGGUAGAUGUAGCUCCUGCUCCUGAAAAACCUGAGGAACAACCCAAGACUCCCACAGAUCAGAGUCUCCCCAGGGUUCCUAUAACGAUAGUAACAGGUAACUCUGGAGACUGUGCUUGCUUGACAGGUUACCUCGGGGCGGGCAAAACCACGUUGCUGAACUAUAUACUGAAUGAAAGACAUGGAAAGAAGAUAGCAGUGAUUCUCAAUGAAUUUGGAGAUUCUGUGGAUAUUGAAAAGUCCAUGACCGUGAACCAGGAAGGCCAACAAGUCGAAGAAUGGCUUGAGCUAGCUAACGGCUGCAUAUGCUGUUCCGUAAGAGACGCUGGGGUUCUGGCCAUUGAAUCUCUAAUGAACCGGAGAGGAACUUUUGAUUAUAUUCUACUCGAGACCACUGGCCUCGCCGACCCCGGGAAUAUUGCACCUUUAUUCUGGGUUGAUGAUGGGCUUGGAAGUUCUAUCUACCUUGACGGAAUUGUGACCCUGGUGGACGCAAAGAACAUCAAUAAACUCUUGGAUGAACCAUCUUGCGAAGAGGAAAAGCAGGGUAUGCAUGGGAAUGUCAUAUUAACAACCGCUCAUUUACAAAUAUCACACGCGGAUGUGAUAAUUCUCAACAAGACCGAUCUAGUAUCAAGCGAGGAACUUGAAAAGGUCAAAGAUCGGAUCACCUCGAUUAACGGUCUAGCUACAAUCCAUACAACGGAUCAUAGCAAGAUAUCGAGUAUUGAAGGCACAGUGCUUGAGCUGCAUUCUUACGAUAAGUUAACAAGUGUAGAUUUUUCAACCAAGGGCCAAAGCCGUCUUGACGCUACAAUAUCUACGCUCGCAUUCAACUUUUCAGACGUAUCUGAAGAGAUGGUUGCCCGUAUUGAUGAAUGGCUGCAAGCUGUGCUAUGGAAUCAAGAAUUCCCGGGACCUAAACAUAGUCCGGAGCUUGAUAUUACCGAUUUUGAAAUCCACCGACUUAAGGGUAUCCUUCGCUUGACCAAUGGAAAAACAAGAAUCAUCCAAGGUGUCAGAGAAGUGUUUGAAAUUACAGAUGCAGAAGAUGGCCAACCAUCCUCUAUGCCAGCGUCUAAGAUUGUUCUUAUCGGGCGUGGACUUGGAUUAGACAGCUCAGUAUGGCAGAAGAGCCUCCUUUCAUUUUUAGAUAAGUGA